AUGCCAAGACGACGGUUAUGUCAACAUCCAACACUACAUACUGUUUCUUCUUAUGUAGCAACAGGUUCUCGGCGGGUCUCUUCUCGUCUUCUCAAUUUUAUACGGACUCGUUAUGAUUUGGAACAAUUAAAUAUUCGUUGGUUGUGCUCGAAGUGUCAAUGGGUGGAAACAAAGAUGAUGAAAGAACAGGAUGAAACUGUUGAGAAGUAUGACAUGGAUACUGGUGGUGACGAAUUAAGCGGAAAUAGUUCGACGGAUCAUCAAGAAGAUGAUGAUGAUGCAGAAGAUGAAGAUAAUGAAGAAGGUGAUAGUAAUGAAGAAGAUGAAGAUAAUGAAGAAGAUGAGGAUAAUGAAGAAGUGGAUGAUGAAUGCGAUCGACAAGCUGAAGAUGAUGAUCACGAAGAAAUAAGUGAUGAAAGUGAUCAGCAAGGUUAUGAUGAUGAAAAACAAAGUGAAGAUGAUAUGCUUCUUGAAGUUAGUUAUCUCGAAGAACAAGCGAUGGAACAGUUAUCUGCGGUUUUUAAAUUACUAAAAAUGGAUCCUAUCCAUGAUAAUCAAGUUUAUACAUAUCUUCAUGGCUUAUGUGAUAUACUAGAAGGAAAAUCUGGAAACGAACAUAACCCAAAUCCACAUGAGCUUCUUGUUGAAGAAUCGAAUGAUCUUCUGACAGGUUUAAAAAAUUUAUUCAACGAAAGCUAUGCUUCCGAGCAAGUUCGUUUGUUAACCAUUGCACCUAAGGCAUGGGGUCGAGAAAAAAUUCGUAAAUGGUUUGGAUCAUCUGAACAUCAGGCUCGUGAAUCACUUACCCUUCGACAGAACGAAGGUAUUCUGGCUGUCCCGCAAUAUUUCAAAGGCAAUACUCCAAUUUCGAAUGAUACGAUUACUACUAUAGUCAACUUCUACCGAGAAGAUGGUACUAGUCGUAUGUCAUCAAAUUCCAAAAAUACAAUUCAAAUUAAUCAAAACACAGUACCUAUUCGUUAUAUGGAAAUGAGCAUCUUAGAUGCUUUUCGAAUAUUUGACGAACGCUUUCCUGGUUUGAUCGGUCGUACAACAUUUUAUUCAUCACGACCUCGGGAUAUAAAGAUUUUAUCGCCACAUGAGACAUAUAUGUGUAUCAUACAUGAAAACAUGAAUCUUUUGAUCAAGGUAUGUAUUCAUUUACAAACUUCAGCGUAUCAUUAA